AUGAAGCUGCGACCUCCUCCCGCCAUGUCGUCCCUCCCGUGGCGCUACGGGUGGGCCGCGCGGCUGGACGAGCGGGAGCGGGCGAUUGCCGAACGCGAGGCCAGCCUCGACAAACGCGCCCAGUGGCUCGACCAACAACAGGCGCGCGUGUUCAGGAUGAGCGUCCAGCGCUAUCACGCGCUGCAGGCGUUGGACGACCAGGCCGUGCUGCGAAUGCAGGCCAUCUUAACCCUGUGGGCGCGUACGGAUGCAGUGAUUCGCAUGAAGAGCUGCGAUGACGAAGCCAUCGUGAAGAUGAGGCGUCGCGCGUCGGCGUUGAAGGAGAUCGUGAUCUCCGAGCAGAGCUACAUCCGCUCCCUCCAAGUCCUCCUCAUGGAGUUUCUGGUGCCCAUCGUAGAGGGCGGGGUGCUGAAGGACGACGAACACAUGGGCGUCUCGUUCAUCAUCGGGCAGGUGCUGAGUGUCAACAAACAGUUCCACGUCGCCAUGCAGAAGAAGUAUGCCCAGUGGCCAACCAAGCACUCGUUCGCCGAGGUGUUCCUCGAGCAUAUCCCGCUGAUGAAGAAGGCCUACGCCAACUACAUCGCCGUGUUCGACCACAUCACCUCCGUGCUGCUCGAUCACUCCAACAAGAAGAAGUCGCCCCUCAGCGCCUUCCUGGAAGAGAAAAUGACGAAGGGCGGGCUCGACCUCAAGGCCUACCUCAUCAUGCCCGUUCAGCGACUGCCCCGCUACGAAAUCCUCCUCACCGAGUUGAUCAAAAACACGUUCCCGGAGCAUUCCGACUACGAACAGCUGCAGAAGGCGCUGGCCAAGGUGAAGAAGAUGAACAGCUACGUGGACCUGAAGAAGAGGGAGAUCGACAUCAAGAAGGAGUUCCUGCAGAUCCAGCAGCGGCAGGAGAAGAAGGUCGACCACUACAUCAAGCAGGGCAAGGACAUGACCCUCACCACCUUCAGCGACCUCCGCGAGCUCCUCACCAACAAAAAGGUUCGAGCCAAUCCUUUCAAUGAGAAAUUGGUCAUACAUUCAAGGAAUUGA